AUGUUGGAGAUGGAGGUGGAAAAUGAGAAGGAGAUGGACAUGGAAAUGGAGAUGGAGAUGGAGAUGAUGGAGAUGGAGAUGAUGGAGAUGGAGAUGGAGAUGGAGAUGGAGGUGGUGGAGAUGGAGGUGCGGCUGGGGAGGAUGGAGGAGCAGCUGGACACGGUCGGUGGAGGUGGAGAUCUGAGGAGCAUCAGCCGACAGCUCUGCAGGCUGCAGAGCAUGGAGACGCAGGUGGAGGAGUGGUACAAGGAGGUGGGCGAGCUGCAGGCGCAGGCGGCCGCGCUGCCGGACAGAGCGGCCGGCCGCGACGCCGUGGAGGAGCGGCAGAGCGCGGUGGGCACCCGGAUCGUGCGGCUCAUCGAGCCGCUCAAGGAGCGGAGGAGGAUCCUGCUGGCCUCCAAGGAGCUCCACCAGGUCAGCCACGAGCUGGAGGAUGAGGUGAUGUGGGUCCAGGAGCGGCUGCCAUUGGCCACCCUGAAGGAGCUCGGCACCAACCUCCAGAGCGUCCAGCAGUUCAUCAAGAAGAACCAGAACCUCCGCCGCGAGAUCGACGCCCACCGUCCGCGCCUGGAGGAGGUGCUGGAGCGCGCGGCCGCCGUGGCCUCCAUCAAGAGCCCCGAGGCRGAGGCGGCGCGGGAGCUCCUGGAGCGGCUGGCGGCCAUGUGGGCGGAGCUSCAGGAGAAGGCGGAGCUCCGCCAGCAGAGCCUGGACGCCGCCUUCCAGCUGGAGCAGUACUACUUCGACGUGGCCGAGGUGGAGGCGUGGCUCGGCGAGCAGGAGCUGCUGCUGAUGAACGAGGAGAAGGGGAAG